CUCUUUGAGACGUGCGUUACAUAUGGUCUAGCACAUGCUUAUUGAUAUCACUUACUAAUCGCUUUCAGCAUUACGUUUAAGUUCAGUCUAUGUGCAAAAUGGUUCAUUAAGCCUAUGUUUUUGUCUUUUUUCGUUUAGGUGCAUAAAUAAUUUCCUCACGUUAUUAACAACUAACUUUCAACCAGCUAAUAAACCCUCCAAUUUGUCUUUAUAAACAUGCCGAAAAAAGUAGCAAAAGUUGAUAGCGUUGAUACAUCCAAAGAAAUUUUAAAUCUUGAGUUGGAAGGAUAUUCACCGGGUAUUAGUGAUCGUGAUAGCAUUACAAUCUUGUUGAAACAUCUUUUCCCUAACGACUGUGUUAUCAAUAUUGAGAACCUUGCCGAAUAUAUUGUGUCACAAGACUCAAUUGGUACUGUAGUUAAACCUACAUGUGAUGAUGAAAGCGAUGAUGAUGAUGACGAUGAUAAUAUAGUGUUUGCAGUGACCAGCGUGGUAGAUUUAAGCCAUGAGUCAGCUAUGAAACACUCCGUAGUCAAAGAUCUUAGGAACUUCAUCCUUGAGGGAGUUAAAAGUUCGAAAAACGUUCCGACGAGAUGUAAGGUCGAGGAGCUCCUUGAGAAGGAUGUGGACUGCAAAUCAUUUCUUCUUAUUAAUGAACGGUUCGAAAACCUACCACUUUCUAUUUGUUCUGAAGCUAUUUCUUCCUUACCAUCUGAAUUUAAAUCCUCUGAUUUACUCCCUACUCAUCUCUUCAUAUUAUCAUGGGCAUAUUCAGAAGAAGUCAAAGACAGUGAUAAGAAAUACGAAUUUGCAUAUCCCGAAAUCGAAUUUGUUGUUCCCCAUGCUCUACAUGUAUUGGAAUUAGAUCAUAACAGUCUUACUCUUCAUAGUGCAAAAAAGAAACAAAGUAGUGAUGGCGAUGAUGAUGGAGGAACAAACGACUUUAAUACUUUGUUAUUGAUAAUUAUCCCAAUGGACAGAUUCCAUGACAUGUUAACUUCCUUGGCUAGUCACGUGUAAAUAUACUGAGUUUGCAACUGU